UUCCCUCCGUUCCAUUUCUAAGCGGUGGAAUAGAAGAAUGAGCAAUGCUCGUCGUUCCUACCGUGCCUCCUCCCAUUACGAGCUCGGAUUAUUUUUUCUAAGAAAUGGCUGGCUACAGAUAGGGCUUCUCUGAGAGUUUAACUGUGAGACAAAUGGCGGUGAUCAUCGAAAAUUCAGUUUGGGAACCAAAUCCAUAUUUGUUCGUCUUCAUCUUCCUCUCUUGUUUUUUUUCGAUCUUUCUUCUACCUUAUGCUUCCAAAAAUGGUUCCACCAGAGCUCCUGCUCCGUUCGAUCAGGGAUUUUCAUCCUCCUUUUCUAGUUUCCAGUGGAAGUUCCUGCUACUUUAUUCUCUUGCCUCUGUAAUGGAAGGCUUAUGGUCAGUAUAUGGCGAAUUUGAGUUGACGUAUCGUGGAGUAAACAGAGAGGAGAUAGUGUCGUCUCUAUGCGUUGGAUAUGCAGCUUCUCUCUUCGUUGGGACCUUUUUGGGCGUUCUAUCGGAUUUGAUAGGUCAAAAGGAAGUUUGUGUGAUGUUUUGCAUUAUACACCUUGUUACUGCCAUAUGGAAGAGGAUUUCUGUGCAUCCAAGUCUCUUUGUCGCCAGUAUUGGUUUAUCUCUUGCUACCUCAAUAUUUUCAUUCAGUUUUGAAACAUGGAUGGUACUUCAACAUGAAAAGCAAGGUCACAGGCAAGAUAUGUUAAGUGACACAUUUUGGCUAAUGACUAUAUUUGAGUCUGUCUCAUUGAUUGGAAACCAGAUGCUUCUGAAUAGCCUGGUUGGUGAUACUGUUAAGAGGAAUAUGUUUUCUCCUUCCACUGUUGCUGUUUUCUUGGCUUUGAUAUGUGCAACUUUUAUCAUCAAAAGGUGGACAGAAGUAUCACAAAGAAUAGAACUAGAGGACUAUAGAACUUCUUUCAGUGCAUAUAUUUUUAGUGAUAAAAGGAUAUGGUUAUUGGCAUGGGCACAAGCUUCUAUUCACUUCUCUGUUGCAUUCUUUUGGAUUCUUUGGGCUCCAACAUUAGUGGCUGAUGGGAGGGAAGUGCAUUUAGGGUUGGUAUAUCCAUGUUUGCUGGGAUCCAGAAUCCUUGGGAGCUCAUUGUUUCCAUGGCUUAUGGGUAGAACAUCAUCCUUUCGGACUGAAGAUUGUUUACUAUAUGGCUUCGUUGUAUCAGGGCUUGUGAUGUCAAUUGUGGCUUUUGAUUAUCAGGAGCUUGGAGUUUUAGUGAUGCUAUUUUCCUUAUUUCAUGGCUGUGUAGGUUUAAUUUUACCUUCACUUGCAAGAUUAAGGACCAUGUAUGUGCCAAGUAAGUUACGUGGAGGGAUGAUUAGCCUAUCUCUGGCCCCUGCAAAUGCGGCGAUUCUGUUUUUUCUGUUGCAGGAUGGCUAUUACAGGCAUAUCGAAAAUUCAGUGAUAAUAGCAUUUGCUGCCCUUAGUCUGUUCUCAUCGGCCGGUAGCAUGUAUGCAUUGAAGCGUUGGGGAAAGCAUCCAUAUCAGAAUUGGCAAAAGCAGUAAACAGUUCCCAAAUUUCAAGCUUUGGUUUGAAGAUGGUAGGCAUCUAUUUAGGAGUGCCGCUUACCAUCUUAGUACUCAAGCUUGGAAGACCAAGUUAUAGGGUGCCAAUUUUCUUUUUACUCAUCGAAUAUAUUCAAGCUCAACAAACCCAUUGUCAUCCCAUUUCCCUGUUUCUGGGCAAUGCGGCUAAUUCCUGCUGACGAGACAAGGACUGGACAAUUUCACCCAAAUUUCAAUGUUGAUGGGGCCAUGUAGCUGCCAAAGGCGAACCUUUAAACGUUCCAGGUAGGAUGCAAACCUCAAGAAUGAAUGCUUUUUUUUUUUUUUUCUUUUCUCUAGUAUCCAAGGGCAAUUAAAUGGUUAAGAGGCCCAUGCUCACGCUGGCGAUUUUGGAACAUGGUUUUUAUUACCUUUGCAAACUUGAAUCAGGUAGCAAACCAUAUUAGGUUUUGUGCCUUUUUCGUUGGACCCUUGUACUUAACUUUGCUUGGCUAGUCAAUAACAAAUGAUUUUAUAUUGAUAAAGUUUUGGUAAA